UUACUAAAGACAGCAAAAAAAUUCAACAUCAGCUUCGCCCCAAUAAAACUCUCAAAAGAGCUUAAGAAAAGCCUACCAGCGUGGUACCACCUAGGGACCUCUAAAAAUACCUAUCACAAAUCUAAAGAUAAAUGUUUAACAGACCGACAUGACUCAGACAGCAUUAAACACCUACUGAAGAUAAGGAAAAGACUAACCCAAAUCAGCAACAACAACCAGCACUUCCCCAGAAGCUCAUGCCCAUGCACCACCUGUCAGAAAGACAGAAACAAAGGCUGUAAGAACCCCCACACAUGUGCGCAGCAUGUGAAUGAAAUCCUAUUUAAAAUUGCACCAAAAUUCAAUACGAAAACAAAACCCAAAAAAGAUGGACUCUCACUUACCUGCCAUAGAACAGAGAAAAACUACCAAGCCCACAAGAACCGCCAAGGAGAAGUACUAUUCGACCCGACAGUAACAAACAGAUCCAGCCUAUCUGACUGCUUCAGAAUUUUUGUAGACCCCAAGAAAACAUCACUCACCCCUGCCCAUCGCCUACACACACCCACAAGAGGCCUUAACCUCAUCCAGGAAAACAUAACCAUCUUUACUGACGGCUCAUGCACCAAUAAUGGCAAAGAAAACACAAGAAGCAGCUGUGGAAUAUGGAUAGCUGAGAACCACCCUAAGAACAAAGCUUUCAGAAUACCUGGACAAAAACACUUGAAUCAGAUAGCCAAAAUAACAGCGAUAUUCAUAGCAGCACAACAAAUAGAACCCUACAUACCUAUCACAUUUGUAACUGAC